AUGGAAGACUUACAACCAAAGACGGAGCCCACUGCGGAGCGCAAGGCCGUCGGCUACAAGUCAUGGAAGAAGAAGUAUCGAAAGAUGCGCAUCGUGUUUGACCAAAAGAUGCAGAGCGGCGAAGCGCUGCACAAGCAAGAAGCAAAGACUUCGGCUACAGUGAAGCGUCUAGCCGUCGAAAAUGAUCGUCUCCUUGACAUCCUCCUUGACAUCAACAACUCUGCCCAGAUUCCCCUCGAUAAGCGCAUAGACGUGGCUCUCAUACCAGCCGGCGAUGUCAAAACCCCCAGCCUCGCCAUCGACCGCGAGCGCGCGUCGGAAAAGGCCGCCGCCCUCAAGAAGCUCGAGGAGCUCCUCACGGCAGUGCCACACAUCAACUACAACACGGCGAAGACUGCCAACUCAGCCAUCGUCGAGGACCUAACAGUAGCUUCCGGCGAGUCGCAUCCGGUCAGCUUUCUAACCGCAGACGACGUCGACGACUACAUCUUCACGGUUGACAGCGCCCUCGAGACCGUCGCCCACCUCCCGUCACUCGCGCCCCGCGCCCACCCCAACAGCCAUCUCUCGUCACACCCGCAUCUCAAGAACCCGACCAGCGUCACAAACUGGCUGCGAAAACACGCCCCCAAAGUCUUCCUCCAAGACGGCGAGGCGCAUGAUGAUGCCGACGCCCCAGGCGGUGGUGCCGCUACCGCCGAUGGAGGUUCUGCGGGAGGCCACGGCAACGGCCCUAGCGCACGAAAGUCCCGCGGCGGACGGGGUGAGCGCGGCGGCAAGCCGUCGGCACGAGGUAAGCGCGCGAGCGGCGUGUCUUCGUCCCGCACAAGCAACGCCACCGCCGCUGCCGCCGCCGGGCCGGACAAGAGCGACAAGGGCGACGCGGAUGGCAGCAUGGACGAAGACCCUGACUACGGCACGCCCGUCGGCCGUGGCAAGCGCAAGAGAAAGGAUGACGCUGGGUAUAGGCCCGGCGGCUCGGCUAGUAGACCGUCCAAGAAGAAGCGUAAGAGCGACGUCGACACGCCGAGCGGACGCCGUGUGAAGAAAGAAGUUGCUGAAUAA